AUGGACUUUCGUGGGCAGAAGAUGGACUAUGCCAAAUCGACUAAAAUAGCUCAUUGCCUCCCUAACGACACGGUCGUAGCCGAGCCUGUUACGUGGAAAAUCAACGGGACAGAGCCAAAAUCGAAUCACAACAACUUGCUUGUCUUCCAUAUGCUUCCACAAGAAUCGGCGCGAAUCAACAGUGGUGACGAAAGCAAUAUAAGGGUAUCUCCUAAAGGACCAGAGUCAUACAAAAGACUACACUUUAUUGGGACAAAAAGAUCCACCUCCAACAACAACAACGUCACCACUACCGCCAACAAAGACCAGGAUCACCACAACUAAAAAGACUUCAACAUCAAGGAAAAAACCUCCUCAAACCACG